UUUUGUGCCGUCCCAUAUCGAUCCGCCGGCAAAGUGAAGCAAUUUGCCAAAAAGUUGCCUCUUUUUGGCCUGCAAUCAACGAGCCGCAACUGGUUCCUGCCAUCGCGCGCAUGUAUUCCAUCCUCGUGCUCAACUCCGCUGCAACCGGAACACACUCCCGAUAGGCACGCAGCAAAGGACAUCCGACCACAACGAGGAUGCUGCUUACUCUCGGCCCGCGAAGGCUCAUGGCCGUCACCGGCAGUUCUAGUCCUUUAUCGGUUUUGCUGCGACAAGCUUACCAUCGCUCUUUUAGUCUGCCCCGUUCGUGGCUAGGUCGCGGAAUGCGCCAACCUUUGAUCGCAAGGCGCCCUUUCGCCUGGCGUCACUGCUAUACGCGAUUGCCAUUUUGCUUGCGAGGUACGCUUAACACCGGUUCCCUGCUACCAGCCGGCACCCAACCCAUCGGAUAUCAGCGAUACCAUUCGUCUGAUCUGAAAAAGAAGCAACCACGUGUUGUUGCCGUCAAGUCGGUCGAAGGAUCCGAGCUGCUGCAGAACGUGCUGGAGAAGAACAAGCAGCUGUUGCAAGAAAAGCGGGACGUACUGGUACGCGACAUCCGCGAGCGCCGGGAAAAGGUGAAGGAACGCGUCGAGGAGGUGAUCGAGCGGGAAAACGUCGCUACGGUGCCCAAUCUGCUGUGCAUAGGGCGAAUCGUUGCGUCGCCAUAUCUCGGUUACGUGAUCGUACAGGGCGAGUUUCAUCUCGCGAUGGGCAUGCUAGUUGUAGCCGGUUUGACGGAUCUAGCUGACGGAUGGAUCGCACGUAACUGGCCAAACCAGGCGAGCCGGCUCGGCUCAUUCCUCGACCCAAUGGCGGACAAAGUUCUGGUCGGAUCGCUCGUCAUCGCAAUGAGCUACAUCGACCUGCUGCCACUCUGGCUCACGGCCAUGAUACUCUUCCGGGAUGUGUUCCUUAUCGGGGCCGGGUUCGUCAUACGCUACAUCAGCCUGCCACAGCCGCGCACACUUUCGCGGUACUUCGACGUGACACACGCUACCGCCCAGCUGGCACCGACCUUCGUCAGCAAGCUUAAUACUGCCGUUCAGCUCGUCGCGGUUGCGGCCACGCUUGGGGCGCCAAUCUUCAAUUACGUCGAUCACGCGUACCUGCAUGGAUUGUGGUAUCUGACCGGAUUCACAACCGUGGCGGCUGCCGCUAGCUACCUCACGAAUAAGGACACAUACAAAAUAUUGCGCCGGAAAUCGUAGCUCCAUCCGGCGGUGUUUCCGGGGCAUGAUGGCCGUAUAUCAUGGCAAAAUUUACGCCCCACGUUUUUCGAGAUAGAAUUUGUGUUUUAUUCUUUAUUUUGUGCGAUAACCUUUUGGCAUUAUUGGCAACCUGGGAACUAUUUUUUUGUGCAAAAGUGUAAAUAAAUAUAAAU